AUAUACAUAUAUUAAGCUUUGGUGGAAGGAGACGUUUCCUCGUUUUUCAGCUGUUUGCAUCUUCUGACACACUUUGAAAUUUCAUCUCAUUUUCAUUUCAUCUCAUUAUAAGCCCAUAUACAAUAGAUUAGAUAGAUCGAUAGAUACACAAAUAUUUAUAUACAUAUAAUUAUUUUUUAAUAUCCCUUUGUACACUAAGUUCAUAUCAUUUCCAUAUUCCCUACAUCCCUUUCUUUCUCUCUCUCACUUUUUUAUUUCUUAAAAAAAAAAGUUUUGGUUUUUAAUUAAAGGGUUGCCUGGUUGCAUCAUAUGAUUUGAAAAGGGAGGGUCAAAUCAGAAGAAGUUCCCCUGUUUUGAUCUAUUCGCAGAUGAUAGAUAGGAUGAGAUGAUGAUGAAGCACGUGCAAACUCAGAUUUCCAUCACACCAGGAACUCUCUGAGAAGAAGAAGACAAUCAUACAAAGAAGACCACUGAUCUGAUCAUAUUAAUGGUUGAUCCCAGUUCUAGAUUCAGAAAGUGAAAUAAAAUCCAAGGAGAGAAGAAAAACAUAUAUAAAUAACGAUGGCGACGUACUUUCAUGGCAACUCGGAAAUCCAAGCACCUGACGGUGGCUUACAAACCCUCGUAUUAAUGAACCCCGCCGGCUAUAUCCCUUACUCCGACACUCCUCCGCCUCCCUCUGCUGCCGGGAACCUCAUCUUCCUCAACUCCGCCGCCAACUCACUCGCUCACCACCCCAACAUUUCCCACGCGCCGCAGUCCCACCACCAGACGCAGCAGUUCGUUACCGCCAUACCAUCGCCUCAUCACCAAAACCACCACAGCAACCAUCAAGACCCCAACUCCCAGCCCAUGCAGACCCACCAGCACGACUUCUCCGCGCUGCAUGGCUUCAUGCCGCGCGUGCAGUACAACCUAUGGAACACCCCUGACCAAUCCGCGGCGGCGCGUGAUACUACACGCGCGCAGCAAGGGGGACUAUCCCUGACCCUCUCGUCGCAGCAGCUGGGUGGGUUCGGCUCGUUCCGGUCUGACCGAGAAAUUCCGUCCCCGGCGCAGACGCAGGGUCAGGCUCCAGCUAUUUCGGGCGAGGACAUGCGUGUGUCGGGCGGGUCGUCUUCGUCGGUUUCGGGCGUGACCAAUGGCGUUCCAGGUAUCCAGAGUGUUCUGCUGAGCUCCAAAUACCUCAGGGCAGCUCAGGAGCUUCUCGACGAGGUUGUGAACGUCGGAAAUGGACUCAGGAACGAACCUUCCAAAAAAGGUACUAAUUCACAGCAAAUUAAACCCACCGGAGAAUCGUCGGCGGCCGCUAGUGGUGACGGCUCUCCCGUCGCAGCCGGCGACGCGAGCGGUAAGCGUGCGUCAGAACUCACUCCCGCUGAGAGGCAAGAGAUUCAGAUGAAGAAGGCCAAGCUAAUUACCAUGCUCGAUGAGGUGGAGCAAAGAUACAGACAGUACCACCACCAGAUGCAGAUAGUGAUUUCGUCGUUCGAGCAAGCCGCCGGUGUUGGCUCAGCUAGAACAUACACGGCUCUGGCACUCCAAACAAUCUCAAAGCAAUUCAGGUGUCUUAAAGACGCCAUAACGGGCCAAAUUCGUGCUGCGAACAAGAGCUUAGGGGAGGAAGAUUGUCUCAAUGGAGCUGGAAAGAUUGAAGGUUCGAGACUCAAGUAUGUCGAUCACCAUCUCCGGCAACAGCGAGCUCUGCAACAGUUGGGAAUGAUCCAGCAAAAUGCUUGGAGACCCCAGAGAGGCCUGCCUGAGAGAUCUGUUUCAGUCCUUCGCGCUUGGCUUUUCGAACACUUUCUCCACCCGUAUCCAAAGGAUUCAGAUAAACACAUGCUUGCUAAACAAACAGGGCUUACUAGAAGUCAGGUUUCAAACUGGUUCAUCAAUGCCCGAGUUCGACUUUGGAAACCAAUGGUGGAGGAAAUGUACUUGGAGGAAAUCAAGGAGCAUGAACAGAAUGGCGCUGGAGAAAAAGUGAGCAAGAGUAACGAGGAUUCCGACUCGAAAUCCACUACCCCAAAGGAGAAAAGUCCAGCUGGUGAUAACCAAACUGGGAGCUUCAAUUCCAAACAAGAGAAUUCAAUAACCCAAUUCGUCCCUUCAGCCAUUUCAAUGUCCACUCCUUCACCAUCUCCAACAGGAGUCAGCAACCACCGGAAUCAUUCCGGGUUCUCCCUCAUUGGUUCAUCGGAGUUGGAUGGAAUCACACAAGGAAGUCCUAAGAAGCAGAGGAACACCGAAACGUUGCCAUCUCCAAACAGUUUCCCAUCUAUAAAUAUGGAUGUCAAGCCUGGAAAAGUCACUAAUGAGCAAAUUAGUAUGAAGUUUGGGGAAGAUCAUAGGCAGAACCGAGAUGGGUACUCGUUUAUGGGAAACCAAACUAACUUCAUUGGAGGUUUUGGACAGUACCCAAUGGCAGAAAUUGGAAGAUUUGAUGCAGAACAGUUCACUCCAAGGUAUUCUGGCAAUGGGGUUUCACUCACUCUUGGACUACCCCACUGUGAAAAUCUUUCCUUGUCCGGGGCACACCAAGCUUUUGUCCCUAACCAAGGCAUUCAACUGGGAAGAAGAGUAGACAUAGGUGAACCAAAUGAGUUUGGUGCCAUGAACAGUCCAACUCCUCACUCUUCUGCUGCUUUUGAAAACAUCAAUAUUCAAAACCCAAAGAGGUUUGCAGCUCAAUUGUUGCCAGACUAUGUGGCUUGAGGACUUUGCUAACAAGCUCUUAAAGAAGAUGAAGAAGAAUAUUGCUUUGAUCAAGCUCAAUAACUUCAACAUUUAGGGGGGAAACUUCUCCCGAAAAAUAUUUCUUUUCUAGGGGAACAAGGGGGUAAUGCAUUGUAGUGUAAAGAAAGGAAGAUUUUUACUUUUAGUUUUAUAGGUUUAUACAUUUGCAAAAUAGAACAAUUUCAGCUCUUAGGAUUUGAGAGCAUAUAUAUGCUUGAGGAUUGUAUAUUAUUUUUGUAAGUUUUUAUGAUGCAUAGAUGGAUUGGUGUCAUCAUUGGGGUAUACCAUUAUAUGGGUAAAAGUAGUCUUUUGUGAUU